AGAUGGGCCGCUGGGAGCAGCUGCUUAAAAAGAGCAAUCAAAACCCACCCCUGUGUCUUUGUCAUUUCGGGAGGAAUUCUGCCACAGAAGGGUUCUGGCGACGGUGAUGAGCAAUGGGGUAUGAUGUAGCCCGCUUUCAGGGGGAUGUGGACGAAGACCUUAUAUGCCCCAUCUGCAGCGGAGUCCUGGAGGAGCCGGUGCAGGCUCCUCACUGUGAACACGCCUUCUGCAAUGCCUGCAUCACCCAGUGGUUCUCCCAGCAGCAGACCUGCCCCGUGGACCGCAGCGUAGUCACUGUGGCCCACCUCCGCCCCGUGCCCCGGAUCAUGCGGAACAUGCUCUCCAAGCUGCAGAUCACUUGCGACAACGCGGUUUUCGGCUGCACGGCGGUCGUGCGACUCGACAACCUGAUGUCUCACCUCAAUGACUGUGAGCAUAAUCCAAAGCGGCCGGUGACGUGCGAGCAAGGAUGCGGCUUGGAAAUGCCCAAAGACGAGCUGCCGAAUCACAACUGCAUCAAGCACUUAAGGUCGGUGGUGCAGCAGCAGCAGACGAGAAUUGCUGAGCUGGAGAAGACUUCAGCGGAGCACAAGCAUCAGCUCGCCGAGCAGAAACGGGACAUCCAGCUGCUGAAGGCCUACAUGCGAGCCAUCCGCAGCGUCAACCCCAACCUGCAGAACCUGGAAGAGACCAUUGAAUACAAUGAAAUCCUAGAGUGGGUGAACUCCUUGCAGUCUGCCCGGGUGACGCGAUGGGGCGGGAUGAUCUCCACGCCGGACGCCGUCCUCCAGGCGGUCAUCAAGCGCUCGCUGGUGGAAAGCGGGUGCCCCACGUCCAUCAUCAACGAGCUGAUCGAGAACGCCCACGAGCGGAACUGGCCGCAGGGCCUGGCCACCCUGGAAACCCGCCAGAUGAACCGGCGCUAUUACGAGAACUACGUGGCCAAGCGCAUCCCCGGCAAGCAGGCGGUGGUGGUGAUGGCCUGCGAGAACCAGCACAUGGGGGAGGACAUGGUGCUCGAGCCGGGGCUGGUGAUGAUAUUUGCACACGGAGUGGAGGAGAUCUAAAGACUUUUAAAGAGAGAGAAACAUUUUGUGCUUGAAAAAAAAUAACUUGUCUAAAACCGCUGACAUCUUCCCCCCCGGCCCCCGUCAGUCACAGCAUUAUAUCAGGGCAUUAUUCCUCCAAGCAUGUGGCUCGUCAUUUAAAGAGUGAUUAAAGGCCUCUGGCAAACGCUCCCUUGUAGCGCUGGGCAGUCACCCAGCAUCAUAUGCAAAAUGCGGUUUGCCUCUUGCAGCAGAUCCGCCUCCCAGUCCGGUGUCCAUGUGGCUUCUAACCGGCUUUGAAAAGCACACAGCCCCUCGAAACCACUGUGGGCUUUGGAGCGGGCCUCACUGCUGACACCUCUGCCAUUGUCCUGACCUCUUGGCGCAGUCCAAACCAAACGGGCCAGCGGAUCUCGGCAUGGUGCUGCCCUGGGGUGACCCGACCACACGGUGUUCACGUCUGCGCCGAAGCUUUAUUCCCCCCCACUCCCGGUUUCUUUCCGCCCUCUGAGGCACCUGUGUGAAAGCCACAGCUCUCCAGCCGGGCUCACACGCCUGCAGGCUGCAAAGCGGGACCACAAAGGCAGGUCUCGCUUUGCAGCCUUUGGUGGGAGGUGGGACCCUGCUCAGACAUGCCUACGGUUUGGCCGGGGGGCUAAGCUGCAGACACGAGCGAUGCCAAAUAACCGCUCCCCACAAACGAGGCGUGAUUUCACCAUAACGGCGUUUUGCAGCCAAACAGCUGAGCUGUGGAGCAACCGCGCGCUGGAGCUUGGCCGUGUGGCCUUGUGCUGCUCUGGGGAGAAACCAGACUUCAAGGGGGAAUUCGAAGUGGAACUAAACUCUCAUUGGACGGCCUUUUUGCCUCCUUCCUUUCUCCCCUCCCGCUCGGAGCCGACCGGACGCUCUGGUUGCUCAGACACCCGAGGGAGGCGACGGACUCCAGGAGCCUGUAAUGUGGACAGCCUCUCUGCCUGCCAGUCUUGCCCGGAACCUAGAUUCAGCUGUCCUGUCUGUGUGUGCGUUGAACGGUCGACAAAGAGCUUUAUGUAUUUUUUUCAGACACUUGUGAUUGUGGUUUGGUUUUUUUGUACCUUUUUUUGCCUUGUUUGUUUGUAUUUUCCCUUUAUUUUAUUUUUUAAAUACAGUGGCCAGAAAUGCUGCCAGGCCCAAUUAAGUUUA